UUCCUCAUCCUUUCGUUCUGACUCACUAUGUGAUCCGUUCUUCUUCAUGCAUCAUCGUCUCCUCCUCCGAGACUAUCUACCCGAUUGUUACAUAUCUUGGUGACAACACUUUGAAUUUAUCGUUAUUUCAUUUGCUACCAUCCAAACCCCAACACACGAACCUGUUGCACACCCGUUACAUCUGUCUCCUCUAGCUGUCAAUGACUGCGUCGGAUCCCCCUGUCCCUUCAAAUUGGGACUUCGCUCCAGUGCAUGACCUACUGCGGUCGCCCAUCGAGGGCUGCACUGCGAGAACUAGUCGCCACAAUGAAUCUACAAUCCCCUCACUUGAUGAACAACAAGCCAAGGAUGAUCCCUGUUACACCACUAAUGGCAUGCUCAUGGAUCUUAUUUCUCAGCGGAGUAACCCGAAGCUUGGCGACUUUGGUUCUCUUUGGGAGCUUUUCAAUGGGGCCCCUGCUCCUGCGAGCGUCACACCAACUUUAGGGACCACAAAGACCACCAAGUCUGACAUAGAGAAGGCUCAGCCGUCGCUUGAAGAACUGCUUUCGAGCUCAGCAGAAAGACCCGCCAAAAAGGUCUCAUUCACUGGCGUCUUUGGCAUUGAAACAUCCGUUCCCAUUUCAUCCAACACCUCUCGCACUAUCAAUGAGCCAAAUCCUCGCGUCCUCAAGGACACCGCCACUGGCUAUACCCUCCAUUCUUCUUUUCGUCCCAAAGCACACACGACAAGUAUCCCUACCGAUUUUGAGGGUCAAUCAUUCACUAUCUUGAGGCGGGCUUCUGUUCAUGAGCCUUCUAAAUCGAGCGCCAAUGUGAAAUUUGGUAUUCCACGAACUCCCCCGGAGACGAUCGCUAGAGCCAGAGUUGGUGAUCCAAGUGAUACUCCAACGACGAAACCCAAGUCUCGGUCUCGUGGAAAAGAUUUCCGAGAGAACACGCGCAAUAACCCAGUCACUUCUGAAGAAAGUACUGGACUAGAGUCGGACACAAGCAUUGUGUUUGAUCAUCCCGUUUCUGAGAAACCUGUGGCCAUUGCAUUUGUCCCGUCUCAAGUCGGCAUAUCUGGAGCGAAGACUCACCGUUAUGAUACCCCACCGUCGUCAUUUGAUGAUAGUGACUGGAUACUGAAUGACGAUACUAUCCAAGAGCUUGCUUCUGGAGAUACCCAUGUGCGGUCUACCCUGCAUCUAUCGGCCGCGGAGCGAAGAGUCACCUUGAUGAGUAGACUCCUCGUCCAUUUUCCUGAUUACGCCAAAGUCGUGUCUCAAGUGGGACUGACUUUAGACCAUCGUCCCAGUGAGGGUAUUGGCCCACGUCCUAUUCAUGUCUUUGUUGACGUGUCGAAUAUCAUGGUCGGAUUUCAUGAUUCGGUGAAAGCCUCGCGAAAUAUCCCUCUCUCGGCUCGAAUUCGGCGUGUCCACAUGUCCUUCGCUAACCUUGCACUGAUCAUGGAACGCGGCCGUCAGACCGCCAAGAGAGUCUUGGUCGGCUCGGAUCGUCUUCCCUCUGUCGAUGAAGCCGAGAGACUCGGCUACGAAGCGAGUAUCCUCGAACGUGUGCACAAGGUGAAGGCUAUUGCACCCCGUCGUAACAUCAAGUCGCGAAAGAAUACUGUCUCCAGUUCCCAGGGUGGAUAUAGCGGUCCUGAAACGGUCGCCACCUCUGGAGAGCGAUGGGUUGAGCAGGGUGUGGACGAAAUUCUACACCUGAAGAUCCUGGAGAGCAUUUUGGAUACGAAACACCCGGCCACGAUUGUUCUGGCGACGGGGGAUGCGGCAGUAGCCGAGUUCUCCGGCGGUUUCAUGAAAAUGGUCGAGCGCGGACUACAGCGCGGUUGGAAUGUCGAGCUUGUCAGCUUUUCACAGGGAACUAGCUACGCAUACCGGAAGAAGGAGUUCCGGAUUCGGUGGGGAGACCAGUUCAAGCUGGUCGAGCUGGACCGGUACCUGGAGGAGCUCUUUGAGUAAAUGGUGACGCCUGACUCCUCUCAAAUGACAUUCACUUUGCCAUUUGAAUUUAAAUGAACCCCCAAGACACAUCUUUGUUAGCUAUAAUGAGUCAAA